AUGUCCCACAAGAGAAGAGCGUACCCAAAAACUGGGUAUGAUUACCAACAACAAGCACCAGCUUUCCAACCUCAAUAUGGCGCUGCUGGCGUACCUCCUGCCGCUAGCGGCGUGGGUUACUCUGGCCAACCUACCAAUCCUGCUUACGGUGGAGCCCCAGCUGGUCCAAGUGUGAUCACUCCAGCUGGUACCCCGGGGUAUCCAGGUGCUGCUGCUGGUACUCCUAAUGCUCCAGGCGGGGUCUCAUAUUUUCAACCGGCCGGUGGCGUACAACAGCCAGCUUACGGAGCAAAUGUCGACCAAGCUACUCAAGCAUUCCAACAAAUGAAUAUCGGUGGAGCAGCUGGUUCUCCUUACGGUGGUAUUCCUCCUGCUGCUGGUGCUCCAGCUCAACAACAAUACUCCGAUAACCAACCACAACCUAUUGGUGGGUUUGGUUUCCAAGGAGCUCCUGUUGGGGUUGGAUCUAACAAUCAAUUAUAUCCAACCGAUUUAUUGAGAGAAUUGCCUCCACCAAUCAGUGAUUUGUCCUUGCCUCCACCUCCAAUUGUUUUACCACAAAAUGCUUCGGUCACUCAAAAUCCAGAAUCAAAUGCCAGUUAUGAAUAUUUUAGAUCAACCAUGAAUUCUAUUCCAACCACCAACUCUUUAUUAAAGAAAACCAAAUUGCCAUUGGCCGUUGUGGUUAGACCAUACAUAAGUUUGCACGAUUCUGAAAAGCCUAUACCGGUUGUUUCUGACACAUUAAUUUCUCGUUGUCGUCGUUGUCGUUCCUACAUCAAUCCAUUUAUCUCAUUUGUCGAAAGUGGCAGAAGAUGGAGAUGUAAUUUCUGUAAUUUGUUGAACGAUACUCCAACUGGCUUCGAUUAUAAUGGAGCCACUGGUCAACAAUUAAACAGAUUUGAAAGAAGUGAAUUGAACUACGGGGUGGUUGACUUUGUUGCGCCAUCUGAAUAUAUGGUUAGGCCUCCUCAACCGUUAGUAUACGUGUUUGUGUUAGAAGUUACUAAACAAGCAGUUGCCUCCGGCUUAUUAGCUACUGCUGCCAGAACCAUUUUGGAAAGUUUAGAUAGAAUUCCAAAUAAGGACGGUAGAACCAGAAUUGCCAUCAUGGCCGUCGAUUCUUCUUUGCAUUUCUUCAACAUUCCAAACUCAAAAGAAAAGACCGACACUGAAGGUGGUGAAAAAGAAGGAGAAGACGAAGAGGAAGAAGAAGAAUCUGAACCAGAAAUGCUUGUUGUUUCUGAUUUGGAAGAACCAUUUUUGCCUAUUCCUGAAGGGUUAUUGGUUAAUUUAAGCCAGGCGCGUUCGAAUGUCGAAAAAUUAUUGAAUAACAUGAAUAACAUGUUUAUCCAAAACAACGAGAUCAAGUUCGCGUUAGGUCCUGCUUUAAAAUCAGCUCACAAGUUGGUUCAGUCCUUAGGUGGUAAAAUUGUGGUUGUUUCUUCUACUUUACCAAAUGUUGGCCUCGGUCAAUUGAAGGUCAGAGAUGAAGAAUCUGUUACCGGUAAACCAAAGGAAGCCUCAGCUUUAUUGACUAGUGCGAACGCUUUCUACAAGUCAUUUGCUGUUGAGUGUAAUAAAUCACAAGUGACUGUGGAUAUGUUCUUGGCUUCAUCAAGUUAUCAAGAUGUUGCUUCCUUGUCCAAUUUGCCAAGAUAUACCGCUGGUCAAACACAUUUCUACCCAGCUUGGUCUGCAGCCAAGGAAGAAGAUGUCACAAAAUUCUCAAAAGAAUUGUCUGCUCACUUGUCUAUGGAUAUCAGUCUUGAAGCUGUCUUGAGAGUUAGAGGUUCAAAUGGUCUUAGAAUGUCUGCAUUCUACGGUAAUUUCUUCAACAGAUCAAGUGAUUUGUGUUCUUUCCCAACUUUCCCAAGAGACCAAUCUUACGUCAUUGAAAUGUCUAUUGAAGAACAUAUCACUAAGCCAACUGUUGCUUUACAAGCUGCUGUCUUACAUACUACCUCUUUUGGUGAAAGAAGAAUCAGAGUGUUGACUUUGACCAUCCCAACCACCGUAAAUAUCAAUGAAGUCUAUGCGUCUGCCGAUCAAUUGGCAAUCGCCAGCUACUACACCCAUAAGGCUGUCGAAAAGGUAUUAUCGUCAUCCUUACAGGACGCAAGAGAUUUGUUGAACAAAUAUUUGUUGGAUAUUUUGACCGUCUACAAAAAGGAAUUGGUAUCUGGUAAUUAUGGUACUGCAUCUCCUUUACAGCUAUCCACAAAUCUCAAGAUGUUGCCAUUAUUGUUGCACUCUUUGCAAAAACAUAUUGGUUUAAGAACUGGUAGAGUUCCAUCUGACCACAGAUCUGCAGGCUUGAACUUGUUGUCAUCUGCUCCAAUUCCAAAAUUGAUUAAAAGCAUUUACCCAACCAUUUACUCUUUACAUGAUAUGCCAGAUGAGGCUGGUUUGCCUGCUGUUGUUGAAGACGGUGAAACCGCUACUAGUGGUGAAAUUGUCAUGCCUGCCGGAAUCAACGACACUGCCUCUUCCUUGCAAAGCUAUGGUUUGUACUUGAUCGAUAACUCCAGUGAAUUGUUCUUGUGGGUUGGUGGUGAUGCCGUUCCUCAAUUGACUGAAGAUGUCUUUGGUAUUCCAGACAUAUACCAAAUCGCUAUCGGCAAGACCGAGUUACCGGUUGUUGAAGGUUCAGAAUUCAACGAAAGAAUAAGAAAUAUUAUUGGUAAAAUCAGAGAAGACUUUUCUUCUAUUACUUGGCAAAACUUGUACGUUGUUAGAGGCGGUUCUGCUAGUGAACCAGUCAACCAAGCUAAUGCCAGAGAACUUGUGGCUUUGAGAAUGUGGGCCUUGAGUGAAUUGGUUGAAGAUAGAUCUAACAACACCGCUAGUUACAGAGAAUUCUUGGGCUCAAUGAGAGAAAAGAUUGCUAAUUAG